AUGGAGCAAGUGAGUGCACCUCCAGCUCCAUUUGCUAUAAAUGGAGCCCUCCUGCUGGGAUCUGCAAGAGAACACAGUCAGACAACAUCCACAACACAAGACAAGGAAGCACUAGCAUCCAUGGCGUGCAUCAAUACCUUGCAGAGCUGCUCCAUGUUCAAAGGGGCCAAGAGUAAGGCCAGAAGAGGUAGAGCCAGUGGCGGGACCUUUGAGUGCCGGGCGUCCACGUUCAUGGACGGGAGCGGGCUCCGGCUCGGGCUCGACGAGAACCCCGAUGCCAUCAUCUCCGGGGAGUGGCCCGAGAACUUCUCCCUCCUCAGCUACGACGACCUCCGCGCAUACCUCCAGUCACAGCAGCAGCAGCAACAACGACAACCAUCCCAUGCCGGCGAUCAGCAGCGGGGGCCUCUCCUGCGUGAGGCCAUGUCGACGCCCGUGCUGAUGGUCACAGCGGAGCAGGCGCUGGUGGAGGUUGAAGGCCACUUCCAGCUCGUGUCAGGCCUCCCGGUUGUCGACAGUGCCCGCCGAUGUGUCGGGGUCGUCGUCAAGAGCGAUCACGUGAGGGCUUCACAUGGGCCAAAGACGAAGAUUGCAGAUGUGAUGACAUCUCCAGCAAUCACGCUAUCAUGCGAUAAAACAGUGACCGAUGCCGCAGCUCUGAUGCUCAGGAAGAAGAUCCACAGAUUACCGAUAGUAAACCAGGACAAUCAAGUAAUAGGUAUAGUUACCCGCGAUGACGUUCUUCGCGCGUUGGAGGCCAUGCUGAAGUUUUAG